GGCGGACUCCCAGACCGGCGUCACAUUGCACAUGCAUAGUCCGUUACGUGUGAUGCGAGGCAAUCGUUCGAUCUGUGCAUGGAGCUAUAAAAAAGGAUCUGUAGUACCCGUUGACUGUGAGCCCAAUCCCUGUAAAAAUAACGGCACCUGUGUGGAUGACAUCCCCGCUGUGUGGAACGUGACUUGCACCUGUCCGGCCGGAUACGUGGGUGAUUUUUGCCAGGUGGACUUUGAUGAGUGCGGAUCUAAUCCCUGCCAGAAUGGGGCCACCUGCGUGGACCACGUGGAUUACUUCACCUGCGAUUGUGCGUCAGGUUGGAAUGGCACCCUCUGUGACAUAAACAUUGAUGAGUGUCUAUCCAACCCAUGCCAAAAUGGGGGCAACUGUACUGACCUCGUGGAUGGCUACAACUGUACUUGCCUCUAUGGCUAUGAAGGGGUGCACUGUGAGAAUUUCUCAGUUGUGUGUGAGGAUGGCUUCAUUGAAGGCUAUUUUGCCUGCUACAGCAUCCUGUCUGACAGUCAGAAUCACACUGACUACCAAGGCGCAGUAGCAGCCUGUCAUGGCAUCAAUGGCCACCUAGCCUAUCCUAGGGAUUAUGAAGAGCAGAUGGUCAUCAGUGAUGCCUUGAACCAGCUAGGCGUAUCCGGUGUGCUCUUUAUGGGAUUGAAAUAUAAUGGUACUGGCCUGGCCUAUGAUGACAACAGCGGUGAGCCAAAUCUAUCUACUUGGGACAUCGACGGCACCAGCGUACCAUACUGGGCGAGUGGCUAUCCGACCAGCAGCGUGGAAUGUACAGCCAUGGGGAAGGAGGGGAGUGACUGGAAAUGGAGGAACCUGGACUGUACAUCCAGCAAGGGAUACAUCUGUGAACAGAACAGGACUCAUGGUGGUUUGAGUGAGUGGUCCCAUUGGAGUGCCUGUAGUGUGACCUGUGGCCCUGGGGAGGGGGUGCAGACGCGUACCCGCACCUGCACCAACCCCGCACCUCUACUACAAGGUAACCCCUGCAAUGGAACGACCAAUGAAACGCAAGUGUGUGGAGAGAUCUGUCCAAUCGUUGAGUGCCCUGAUGGAUUCGUCACCAACUAUGACACCUGUUACCUUCUUCAAAUCAACCAAUCAGCUACCUCUGAGGAGGCGCAGACUGCCUGUCAGAACCUAACAAUCUACGGAGGUCACCUGAUCCUCUUGAAUGACCUCGCAGAGGAGACUUUUGUCAGCCUGAUGCUGUUUGAUAACUAUGCCGACACUUCCUCAAAGUUUCAGACAGGGAACCGCUUGAAUGAAGGCAACAUGACCUUUGACUGGGUAUUUGCCAGUAGCGCCGGGGCGCUGAACCAGAGCUCGUGGGAGCUGGCUGGGGUAUCGCCCUGGGGGAAUCAGGGCCCGCCUGGGGCAGAGGACAGUGGCUGCAUCCAGCUAGCAUUGAAUGGCACAACUUGGCGAUGGGAGCUUGGUGACUGCACAGGGAGUUAUGGAUACAUCUGUGAGGUCAAUUUAGCUGGUGGUAUGUUGGGCUCAUGGUCAGCCUGGGGGGAGUGUAACGCAACUUGUGGCACAGGAAACCAGACCAGGCAGCGAUGGUGUGAGGCCCCUGCUCCAAUACUUGGAGGACCCAAUUGCACCGGAGCUUUUGAAGACACCCAAGGGUGCACUUCCAUUUGUCCGAUAGUGACUUGCCCCAGUGGUUUCUCAGUUCACCACGACAGCUGUUAUGCCAUCAUCGAUAAUCCUAAUCUCUACACAUCACGCGACUCAGCCCAAGCCUACUGUGCCAACCUAGCCUAUAGAUCCCAUCUGGCUUAUGUCCAAUCAGAACACGAGCUAGACUUUGUGAGUUUCCGCUUGGAUGACUCUGACGUCGGAUACACCGAAACAGUGUGGAUCGGACUAGACUACGAAUCAGGCUCGUUGACUUACAACAAUGGAAUGGAGAUGGUCAGUGUAGGAAACUGGAGUGGCUCAGGGCCCUGGGCUGCUGGAUAUGGGGGGUCUACAGCCCCCUCUUGUGUCGGGCUUGUUUAUGAUAAGCCCCAGUGGAGAUGGAGAAUGGCUAACACUUCCUGUGAUGAUUCUUUGGGAUUUGUCUGCGAAUUAACUCAAGCUCCUGGUAACUGGGGUUCUUGGGGAGCCUGGGCAGAGUGCUCUGUGUCCUGCGGUAACGGUACGCAGACGCGCUACAGACAGUGUGACGAUCCGGCCCCUGUCCUUGACGGUGAUGACUGCCCAGGAAGUAACAGCAGUGUGAGGAACUGCAGUAUCCUCUGUCCCAUCGUAACUUGCCCGAAUGGUUUUGAUGUCUACUACGACAGCUGUUACCAGACCAUAAGCGGCUCUGCCAACUUCCUCUCUUUUGACGACGCAAAUUCCUCCUGCGUGGAUCUGACCUCUGACACCGGCCGUCUCGUUCACAUCGACGACUACGCAGAGCAAGAAUUCCUCAGUUGGAGUCUGAAGAAUGACAAGACCAACACGUCCAGCAUGGUGUACGUCGGAAUGACUUAUGACGGCUCUAAUGUGGCGUUCUACUCUGCGACUGGUAGCCCGGAUGAGUCUUCCUACCCAGGCAGUUCCAUUUGGGCAGAGGGGUUCCCUGAUUCAUCUGGAGGGACAACAUGCAUUGGGAUGGUGUACAGCAGUCCAACAUGGGAAUGGCUGCUUGGAAAUGUUGACUGUGAUGUCCAGAGAUCAUACAUCUGUGAAAUUACUCAGGGUGACGGCAGCUGGGGUUCCUGGGGUGCUUGGAGCCAAUGCACUGAGUCCUGUGGCCAGGGAAUCCAGACACGUGAGCGCUACUGUGACGACCCACCUGCCAUACUUGGAGGGUUGGACUGUGUGGGCAGUAACAACGAUAGCCGGGCAUGCAACUUCCCAUGCCCAGUGGUCACUUGCCCGGAUGACUUUGACGCUGGCCACGACAGCUGCUAUCACAUGCUGACCACUUCCUCUCUCUUCACGGACUACGAGGGCGCCAAUAUCUCCUGCGCAUCCAUGACAAACGACACUGGCCAUCUGCUCCAUGUCAACACCCAAACUGAGCUGGUGACCAUCAGUUGGAAACUGAAAAUUGCCCAAACUGAGUUAGCUGACGCCUUCUACACUGGCAUGAAAUAUGAGGGUAGUUCUAUCGUAUUUGAUGACGGUAUUGGAAGUCCGAAUCUGACAUCCUGGGGCAGCGAUGACCCCUGGAAGAAUAACUACCCAACAGCCACUGGGGAGGAGUGCGUCUUGCUGAUGUACAAUCAUGCAUCGUGGGAGUGGAAACUUGGGAACAAGGACUGUGGCAGCUCAUAUGGUUACAUCUGUGAGAUCACUCAAACGGAUGGCAACUGGGGAGCCUGGAGUGCAUGGAGUGAAUGCAGCCAGACCUGUGAUGAAGCCCCUAACAUGGGCACUCGGAUGCGCAAUCGCACCUGCUCCAACCCGGCCCCCAUACUUGGUGGAGAUUUCUGUCCAGGUAACAUGACGGAUAGCGAGGCGUGCGGGUCCCGGUGCCCUCCAGUGCACGGUAACUUCACAGAGUGGGUGUAUGACGAUUGUAGCGUGACAUGCUACACAGUCUACAACGAUGAAGAUGAGACGCUCCGCUACGGCGGGCUUCAGAACCGAACACGCAACUGCACCAACCCGGCACCCCGGUACGGAGGGAACAGCUGCGUGGGCAAUGCUACCGAAAUAGUCAGUUGUGGAACAGAGGAUGGAAAUGAAUGUUCACCAAUCGAUGGUUCCUGGAGUGCAUGGACUAACUUCUCAGAAUGUACCACUACCUGUGGGGGUGGCACGCGCAACCGCACACGACAGUGCAACAACCCACGCACACAGAACGGUGGCCAGACAUGCCCGGGAAAUGGCACAGAAACAGAGACUUGCAACACCGACCCAUGCCCAGUGAAUGGCAACUUUACCAUGUGGUCCGCUUGGAGCGUCUGUUCAUCCACUUGUGUUGGUGGCAUCCAGUACCGUGAACGCAAUUGUAGCAAUCCGGAGCCAGCCUAUGGUGGUCUGAAUUGCAGUGGUGAGAGCCUACAGUGGCAGAAUUGCAGUGAAGACACACCCUGCCCAGUUCAUGGUCAGUACAGUGAGUGGUCAGAAUGGAGCAACUGCACCGUGGAGUGUGAGGGCAUCGGCUCUCAAAACCGCACCCGUACCUGCACAAACCCUGCCCCUGCCCAUGGAGGGGACGACUGUCCAGAAGACCAAGCCAGCAGCGAGACGAGAGUCUGUGGUACUCAGAGAUGCCCAAUCGAUGGAGGCUUCAGUGAUUGGCAAGGCUGGUCUGAAUGCACCGCCCACUGCGGCACAGGCGGUGUACGCUACAGGCACCACCCUUGCACAAACCCCACCCCCCAGUUUGGCGGUAUGGAUUGCCCUGGAGAUCAUUACAUCAGAGAAGGAUGUGACUCCAGUGUCUCCUGUAGAGAUACCCUCAGCUCUGUAGCAUUCAACAGGCCUGCUUCACAGAGUUCCAUCCUUGGCAAUGCGUCGGCAGAGCUAGCCGUGGAUGGUAACACCAACGGCUCACUGGCGGCAGGAUCUUGCAUCCAGACCAACAACGACAAUGGCCCUUGGUGGCAGGUAGACCUCGGAGGCGUCUACCAGGUCAAAGAGGUCAGAGUUCACGGGAGGUCAGAUAAUUGUGGCACAAACCAAUGCGAUUACGGAGUCCUACCUUUUAUUGUGCGAGUCGGCAUUGAUACAUCGGUACGUCAUGUCACAAGGUUUGGGAAUCUUCAAACAUCUGGAGAAGGCUCCCAGUUUACUGUUCACGGAAGGGCCCCACAAUUUGGCCGAUAUGUUGCUGUCCAACGCAUCCAAAGUGGCUCAAGUCUGUCCCUGUGUGAAGUGGAAGUCACCGUAGUGUCUUCCACAUAUCUCAUCAGUGGCUCAGGAGGCAGUGGCAGUUUGACCUUUGACCAGGCCAAGGAGGAAUGCAACAAGCAAGGGGCAGAGCUGUCCUCCUUCGAUGACCUUUAUGAUGCCUGGUCCAUUGACAAGCUUGACAGUUGCAGCCUGGGCUGGUUGUCAGAUGGGUCGGUGCGAUGUCCCAUCCAGGCUGCCAACAGCUCCUGUGGCUUGUCACAGGAGGCUGGGAUAUACAACGGUGGCUUGCAGGAUAGAAAUGAGACUUAUGAUGCCUACUGCACAAGCCGAGGUCGAGAGGGUCUUCCCCUUGGUCUCAUCUCUGGUCUGAUCAAGGACUCUCAAAUCACUGUCUCCUCCGUGAACCAGACUGGUCUCUGCGACGGUGCUCAUGCCCGCCUCUACCACUCCAAUCCUGCAGCUGCCUGGGUACCAGCCAAGCACCAACGAGGGGAGUGGAUACAGGUUGAGCUAGCAGAACGGGUCACCGUCAAGGCCAUCGCGACCUCCGGCCUGCCUUGCUGUGAUUCUUGGGUGACCGGCUAUUUCAUCAAGUACUCGGUGGACGGACAGAACUGGCUGGACUACAUGCAGAAUGGUACAGUCAAGUUCAUGGUAGCUAACUACGACAGCACCUCAGUGGUGCGCAACACUCUUCCCGAGCCCAUUCCAAAUGUCCGCUACUUGCGCAUCGAGCCACGCACCUGGAACACCAGCAUCAGCUUGAGAUUGGAGUUAUUUGGAGACUACGAACCAGUGAACGGUGGGUGGAGUUCUUGGGGUGCGUGGGGAGCAUGCUCAGUGCCCUGUGAGGAUGUGGGUACCUGGCAGCGUAGCCGGUCAUGUGACAGCCCGCCCCAAGGUCGCAAAGGUCUGCGAUGUCGUGAGGACCCUUAUCGGGAUCGAAUUGCCGACCCUCUGACAUUCUUCAACAGGACCAGCCAGGCCGUGCUGUCGGGCUUCAACACCGAGACCAUAGACAAGGUGAUAUCAUCAAAGGCUUGUGCCUUGCUGUGUCUAUGGGACCGCCCUAACUGUCAAUCAUUUGAAUAUGACCCUGAGACCACUGACUGUAUCCUAAGUAACACGUCGGCAACGGUGGAGAUGAUGGAUCUUAGCAGUGAUAACGGCACUGAUUACUUUGAGCUAGUAUACACAUCUUGCAAUGCACGCAACAUCAUCAGUAGAGGGCGUGGCUUAACCCCCAAGAGUGGGGUGUAUGACAUCACCCUGGAUGGCAACAUCUUCUCGGUCUACUGUGACAUGGAUCGGGACGGAGGGGGCUGGACCCUCCUUGUUACCUCGGCAACAAGCUAUGGCUGGAACAGCAACACAGUGUUAGUAAGGAAUGCCAGCCAACCAAGUGUCGAUAGCGAUUAUUCCAUCUUGAAGUACGCCGAUGCGAUCAAGGACGAAGGAACUGGGAGGACGUUCAAGUAUCGAGUGGAAUCUAUCACACAUGGCCAGUGGGGAGGCAUCUAUGAAGUCCCAUCCACCUACUCCCUUGUCUCGACCUCGCCGCAGCGUGCUAGCCUGGUGCAGAUGCUCAGUUCCUGGCAACCCAGCAACACCUCCCUGGACCACAUUGUGCCCUGGCUGUCCGACAACUACCCCCGCCUCCUCAGCAUUCUCAACUCCACGCUGGACAAUGAAGGGAGUUACUGGUAUGGCGCCCUCGUGUGUGCUUGCACGAAUCGCACCUGGAAGCCCUUCAUGAAGGACAUGGAGUCGUCACUGUUUGGACCAUGCCCUGAGCUGACAACCACACCUCCCAGACUUCAGACAACUGCAGGUUUCCCAGAAACAACAUUCUUCAACCAAGAGACAACUUCUUUCACUUUAACCACUGAAGGUCCCGCAACUACAGCCGAUGUAACAAACUCCAACAAUGCUACAGAUAGCACCAAUACAACAGGUAGCAUCAAUGCAACAGGUAGCAUCAAUGCAACAGGUAGCAUCAAUGUGACAAACACCACCAAUGCAGCAAGUAACACUAAUGCAACAAGUGAAGCAAAUUCAACCAACACUGGGAACAUGGCCGACACUUGCUACUUUGGGACAAAGACAAUUUGGUACUGGCUACGGGAAGAUAGACAAGAAUACCAGCCAUCCCUUGAAUGGGACCUGAGCGGGCGAUGUUUCUACGAUGUGGAUCUGCCAGAUUGUAGCAGCCCAUGUUACGACCGUACCAUCCCAUCAACCAUCGCCUCUCACCAAGGCACCUCUCAAUCCCUUCUUCGUUUGGUCGAGGCUAAGAACACCUCCCAGUACACCUGCACGGCCUCACUGUCUAACAACACCAUCGUGUUUACUACCCUUGGAGAAACCUGUCUCGUAUAUCCAUCGCUCUGUACACAGGGUUUCACCCUGGUGAUGUGGGUACGACUCAACCAUUCAGAAAACAUUGGGAAACGGUACCUCUUAUCCACAGGUGGUGCUGGUGUCUACGACCAUGGAAUAUCCAUUACAACAACCAAAUUGGCACAUAUUAGUGAUCUCCAGUUAUCAGUUGAAGUGGUAGAUACGCAUAUCUGGUCGGUUGCGUCGAGCUCAGCACUGCCAGACUCAGAGUGGUUUUAUCUGACGAUCGUGUACAGCCCUUCAUCAAACCUCACCCUUUACGUGGAUGGAUAUAUCAUAGCGUCAACCAGCACUGCGGAUGGGCAGUAUAGUGGUGACCAGGCAGAUGGGAACGGUUAUGCGGUCUUGGGCGCUGCCGUUCACGAUCUCAGCAACACCAGUCUGUAUGUUAGUGCUGACAUGAGCGAGUUGAAGGUGUUUUUCAGUCAACUCUCUGCUAGAGAUGUGGAACUUUUCUAUCUAGGAGUUGAGCCAGGCUUUGAGGGUGACUUGUGUGGUGACUGGUAUUGCCCAAUUCAUGGCAAUUUCUCCAGCUGGGUGGAGAGUGGGCUGUGCAAUGUGCACUGUGGAAGUGAUGGUACCAUCCUACGCACGCGAGCCUGCAACAACCCAGCCCCUCAAUAUGGUGGUAACGAUUGCGAUGGUAUUACAAAGGAAUGGAUUGGAUGCAGCUCAGACAGCACGUGUGAAAAUGAUGAAGACACUGCCCUCGGUGUUCAAGACGGCACCAUUACCGAUUCUUACCUCUUCGAGUCCAGCUGCAGCGACGACACGACCUGUGCGACCUCGGCCCGCGUGGGUGACCUCAACAGCACCCAUUGCUGGAUACCAGCCAACAAUGAUACCAGCGAAUGGCUGAGAGUAGGACUCACAGAUGGCAUCACUCUGCUUUCUGUAGGCACCACUGGGAGGCCGUCCGAUGACAGCUAUGUGACAGAAUACAUGAUCUCAUACAGCAGUGAUGGGUUGUCAUGGCAGUUUUACCAGGAAUUGGAUGAAAACAAGGUUUUCCGUGGUAACUAUGACAACCAGAAUCUCGUUCGCCAGCAUGUGUCAAUCAGUACUGAGGUAUUCUAUGUGAUGUUCCAUCCUAUAUCUUGGAACCUCCAGAUCUGCAUGCGAGUAGAACUUUAUGGAUACUACAACCCAAUUGACGGUGAAUGGUCAGACUGGAAUGCAUGGAGUGAGUGUGACGUCACAUGUGGAGGUGGCACUCAAUAUCGCAACAGGACAUGUGAAGGGACAAAGUAUGGUGGCAGCACCUGCCCUGGAUCUGACCAGGACAGCCAGAUAUGCAACAUUAACUCAUGCCCGAUUGAUGGAAGUUGGGGUUUGUGGGCAACUACCAUCAGCUGCAGCAUCAGCUGUGGUUCAAAUGGCAUCUACUACCGCACACGUGAGUGUAAUGACCCUUCACCUCAGUAUGGAGGGGCCAACUGUACCGGUGACUCCACUGACUGGGAAGCCUGUAUUGGAGAAGGAUCCUGCCCAGGAAAUGAAGACACAGCCCUUGGUGUAGCGGAUGGCACCAUAGCUGACAGUCACCUGUCUCAGUCUAAUUGUUCCACCAAUGAUGACCAUUGUGCCACCUGGGGCCGACUGGACGACAGUGAUACCAGCCAUUGCUGGAUGCCAAUGGCUUCCGACCCAGAUCCCUGGAUGCAGGUGAAUCUUACAGAUAGUGUCACACUGGAAGCUGUUGCCACCCAAGGCAGGCCCUCAGACACCAACUACGUGACCUCUUACUACCUUCAGCUAAGCAACGAUGGGAUCAGUUGGAGUUAUUAUGAAGAAGAUGGUAGUGCAAAGCUAUUUCAGGGGAACAUCGAUAAUACUGCCACUGUUCGUCAUGAGCUGAGUGGUGUAUCGUCAGUGACCCUGGUUCGAUUCCUGCCCAUCUCCUCCAAUGGCUCCACCUGCCUGAGGGUCGAGCUGUACGGAACAUUCAAUCCAAUUGAUGGUGCCUACAGUGAGUGGUCUGCUUGGAGCGAGUGCCCUGUGACGUGUGGUGGAGGCACCCAGACACGAAGCAGGACUUGUGACAACCCAAGUCCAAAGUACGGAGGUGCAAGUUGUUCAGAUGCUGCUUCUGAAGGCCAGGAAUGUAACACCAACAACUGCCCAAUUGAUGGUGGCUACAGCACUUGGGAGGAUGCAACAGACUGUACAGUGGACUGUGGCUCCUCUGGUACACUGAUGCAGGAACGUUACUGUGAUAACCCCACACCACAGUACGGGGGAGCCAACUGCACAGGGAUCAAUGAGCAGUGGGUGAGCUGCAAUGGUCCCAGCAGCUGCUCAGACACUGAUAACUAUGCUUUAGGCAUGGAGGAUGGUACCAUCGCGGAUUCCAUGAUUACAGUGUCAGAGGGCACAGGCAGCAGCUAUGCAGGGAGCUAUGCCAGGCUGAAUGAUAACAACGCCGAUCAUGCAUGGGUACCGGCUACUCCUGAUACAGGUGAUUAUAUUCAGAUUGAGUUGCCAGACACCAUUACGCUACGUCGAGUGGCAGUGGAGGGACGAUCACCAUCUGGCUCUGGCCAGAAUGACCAAUGGGUGACCACAUACACUCUCUCUACAAGCCUGAAUGGAUCAGACUGGAUGGACUACACAGAGUCAGGUGGAGUCAAGGUUUUUCAAGGAAGUUAUGAUGCAGGCACAGAAGUCGUGUCGAGCCUAGCCAAUCCAGUCAAUGAGACCAACUAUGUUCGUUUCUACCCUGUCACGUGGAACGAAGCCAUUGCUAUGAGGGUGGAACUGUACGGCAGAUACAACCCAAUUGGCGGUCAGUGGAGCCAGUGGUCAUCAUGGACGACUUGCUCCGUCACGUGUGCAGGAUCAACAGAAACACGCCAGCGAUCUUGCAGUGAUCCUGCACCCAAGUACGGUGGGGAUGACUGCCCAGCUACUGAUGAUUCAACACAGUCAAGAGACUGUAACACUCAUCCCUGUCCAAUUGAUGGUGGUUUUACUUCAUGGACUGCAUGGGCUAACAUCCCUUGCACGGUGAGCUGUGGGGACCAGGGUUUGAAGCACCGUACACGCACCUGCACUGACCCCAAGCCCCAGUACAACGGAAGCGAUUGCCCUAACCCAGAUUACACCGAGGAGUUCCAGACAUGCGAUCCGUCUAACAGCUGCGGAGACAACUAUGAAACCCUGGGGAUGGUUGAUGGGCGUAUCAAGGAUGAGCAGAUCACGGCAACAUCCGUCAAAUCGCCAACAGACAAUCAACCAAGACAUGCCCGACUGAUGAUUGGGACGACUAACGGUCAGCUGUGUUGGGAACCAGUGAACACCACUGGUCCCCAUAUGCUGCAGAUUGACUUAAGUACUCCAGCCCUGUUGACCAUGGUUGCUGUUCAGGGGAUGGAGACAGAGGACCAGUGGGUCACGUACUACAACAUGUCCUACAGUACAGAUGGAGAGACAUGGAAUAUCUAUGAGGACUCCACUGGGGAUGCAAAGAUAUUUUAUGGCAACAUUGACAAGAAUGGCAUUGUGAAGACAGAGUUGGAGCCCUCUGUGAGUGAUGUGGUGUCUGUUCGCCUGUUUCCUCACGCAUGGAACGAUGCCCCCUGCCUGCGGACUGAACUGUAUGGGAUGUACAACCCUACAGCUUGCAGUAGCAGCAGUGGUGAACUAAUCAGUUCCGUCUCAACAGAGUCUGGGUCACCAGACUAUCUGGAGAUCAAUCUCGUCUCACUGCAGACUGUGACCAUGAUCAGUACCAAAGGUAAAGACAAUAAUUGGCUGCUUAGGUACCAGCUGUAUUUCAGCCAGAACAACGUGGACUGGGCAUUGUAUGUGGAGGACGGCCAACCCAGGGUGUUUAUUGGUAAUUCUGACAGCGACUAUUAUAUCACCAACCCCUUGGCCAAUGUGAUUGAUGCAGUCUACUUGCGCCUGGUACCCACUGAGGUCAACAAUGGUCUGUCCAAUGAAGUUAGAAUCUAUGGCUGUGCAUCCUCAAAUACAGCCGACGAAGCUCCAUCAACCUCUGUUUGCUUUGACACCUUUGGGAUCACCAAUUAUGCUUUUGACAUGGACCGCAUCACCGCAUCGUCGAUUCUCAAUUUCACAUUGAGUAAUGACACUGACCAGACCAGCAACAUGACCAAGUACCACCCACGCUAUGGCCACCUGCACAACCCAGAGAGUGCAGAGUCAGGGCUCAACGGCUGGGUGUCAGAGCCAGGCAGCCUGGUUAGCUCAUUGGACCAGUGGUUGAUGGUGGACUUUGGUGAGCGGAUAACCCUGACAGGGCUUGCCCUUCAGGGUGUUGCCUUGCCAGAGGGGGGCGUAGGAAUGAGCCAAUUCAGCCUGCACUACAGUGAGGACAGUGUCAUCUGGAAUCCCAUGCGGAAAAUGAACAGCAAUGAGACACAGAUUUUGUCUGGCCCAGUUGAUAGCAUCGAUGUGACCCUCACUGAAUUGACCGCUGAUGGAGACACUGACAUUCGACCCUUGACUCUCCGCUACCUCCGCAUCCAAUCAGAGGUCAGCACGACUGAGUCAGUUGGCCUGAGGCUUGAGCUAUAUGGAUGCAGUGCUGCAGUGGCUUCCAUCUGCAAGAGUGGCUGGUCAGCAUUUGAGAAUUCUUGCUACAAGUUCUACCGGAAUGACACAAGGAGCUGGUUAUCAGCCAAGAGUUUGUGUGAGAGUGAAGGUGGCCAUCUCGUUGUCGUCAACUCUCUCCGAGAGCAAGAAUUUCUGGAGAACUUCCCACGAGCCUACGAAGAGAGAGACUUCUUGAUUGAUCUCAACAGGAGAGAUGACUUUGAGACCUUUGUCUGGAGUGAUGGGACAUUCUUUGCUUACUCAGCCUGGGGGGUCAAUGAACCGUCAUACAAUGUGUUUGACAAGUGCACAGCACUCUCCAAGAAGAAAGAUGGACGUUGGGUUUCAGUGGAUUGUGAUGACCUCAGAAACUUUGCAUGUGAAUAUGAAAGGGCAUCUACAACAUACACCAUCUGCGGGGAAAACGACUGGCUCCUUGCCUGCCCAGACACCCACAAAGUCAAUGUCACCGAUGUCCUGUGGGGGCGUACUGCGGAUUGGCAAACCUGCCCACAAGAGGGCAGCUUCUCAACUGGGAUUCUGCCCUGCACGUCAGACACGGGUCAGGAUGUUGUCGAGAGUGCCUGCGACAACACCACACGGUGUGGUGGGCUAGCCGACGUGUCGGUGCUUGACUAUCCAUGCUCUGAGACUGGUGUUCACCUCUACCUCAGUGCCACAUAUGAGUGUGUUCAAGAUGACAUCCAGUAUGCUCGGGCUUGUGAAGAUGAUUUCUUAUAUGUGAGCUGCCCUGCAGAAGACCAGGUUCUCCACAUCGUGCAAGCCAUGUACGGCCGCACCAUGGACAAUUCGGUAUGUCCAGGACCAGACCAUGAUGUGCCAACCAACUGCACGUCCUUGUCUGGACUCCAGACCGUCCGCACCUAUUGUGAAGGCCACCAUGAGUGUAAGAUCGCAGUAGAGGUGGCGUCAUUUGGCUCAGACCCAUGUGUGGAUGUUGCCAAGUAUCUUGAUGUCAACUACACCUGCGUGUCAAACGAAGUUAUCAUCCCAGAUGUUUAUGAAUACCAGGGAGAGUGUGAGAGCGGAUGGCUGAAGCACGACUACCGGUGUAUCCGAGCCUUCCCCAAUGCCUCUUUGAAGUUUGAAGAUGCUGAUGACCAGUGUAACCAGCAGCACGGUCAUCUGGCUGGCGUCCCUGGGUCAAAUACACAGGGUUUCCUUGAGGGCCUCCUAUCAGACUACUCUGUCAGCACCAACUACUGGAUCGGCUGUGUCCAGACAGACAACAACACGUGCAGAUGGCGUGAUGGAACCAGACACGCAUUCACCGAUUUCAACUCCAACUACGUGUCCGUUUUGGGAGAGCGUUGCAUCGAGCUGAGAGGCGACAAAAACUACAAGUGGGAGGAUGCUUCUUGCGGGAACCAGAACGCUUACAUUUGCCAACAAGAUUGCAUGUUAACAUUUGGCCUGAUGGACAAGACCAUUGGCAAUGACCAACUGGAGGUCUCAAGCACUAAGCUGCUUGCCACGCUGGACUCCUUUAAAUGGGAUGCCCGCCUCCACGCCCCCUAUGGUGCCUGGGUCGCCAUGGAGCGGGAUAGGGACCAGUUCUUCCAGAUUGACUUUGAGCGGGUCAUGCGGGUCAAGAAGAUCGCUACACAGGGGCACCCGAAGUACAACUUCUGGAUUGAGCAGUAUCGAUUGGAUUACACCAUGAAUGACACAGCCAAUGGGAGUGUGUGGAUGACUUACCAAGAGGAUGGCAUAGACAAAAUUUUCCAAGCCAAUAAUGACAGCACCUCAGUGGCCUACCAGUACUUUGACCAUUUCAUGUUUGCUCGCUACCUGCGUCUGGUACCACUCAACUGGACUAGUGAAAUUGCACUGAGAUUGGAGGUCUAUGGAUGUUACUUACAAGAUGACAAACCAGAGGUUUUGGAGGUUGUGAAUGUCACCAAGCUUCACUAUGAAUACAAUGGUACAAUCCAGUGCCGUGCAUUUGGUAUCCCCUUGCCUACAAUGCGCUGGGAGCGUGAUGGUUACCAAUACACAGGGGGCAUCAAUGCGACCAUCGUCACCUACCAGGAGGAUGAUUAUCACAUGAUCUCUGAGGUCCGGUUUCAUCCAAUGGGAGAUGAUCGUGGCUUUUACACGUGUGUGGCGCAGAAUGUUUAUGGAUCCAACCGCAAGUCAUUCUACAAUCACAAAGGUUUACCGAUAUUUCUUGGAGGAAGUAUCAAGUGUGAUGACCAAAUCUUGGAGUUUCAGUGCCCAGAAGGAGAAUACAUCAAGAUUACUAGUGCUUCCUAUGGCAGGGCGCACAACGAAAAGUGCAUCAUCUACGAUGAUUUCUACCCUACUGAUUGUGAGUAUGACUCAGACACUGUGAUGUACCGUAUGCAGAGACAGUGCGACAACAAACGUCAGUGCACGGCUUACAUCAGCGAAGCUAUGUUUGCCGAGUCUGACGUAUCAUACCCCAAGUGUGAAGGCUUUCCACUCUUUGUCAACUUCACCUGGGAUUGUGUUGGAUUGGAAUGGACAUCCUGGUUUAACAGUGACGAUACCACAGGACAAGAUAUUGAAGCAAGAGGCACCAUUUUAGCGGAAUAUGAUGAGAUGUGCUACUCCCCUAUGGGAGUAGAAUGUCGCCUUGCAAGCAAUCAGGAGCCCUACUACACAGCUGGACAGGUCCUAUACAGCAGCUGCAACAUUCAGAGAGGAUUGUAUUGCUAUGACAGCGACCAGUCAGGGAGCAACACCUGCCAGGACUAUGAGAUACGCUACCUUUGCCCAACAGAUGGAAUUGGCCGAGGUGAGGUAGAACGAGCAAUUGAGUGUGACGGUGAGGAACUGUACAUCUUCUGUCAGAGCGAAUACUCCAUUGAGGUUCAUGAUGCCUUCUAUGGACGUAGGGAGGAAGGUCUCUGUACGAGGGGCAACAACCACUCUUACCCCCUGGACUGUGACUAUGAUUCAACCCAGGUCCUGGAGAUGGUCAAGAGGAAUUGCGACUUCAAGCAAGAAUGCCGUCUCAAUGUCCAGCUAGCUGUGGUCCUAGGAGAUCCCUGCCCAGGAGAACCCAAAUACCUCGACAUCAAGUACACUUGCCAUAGGCCCCGAGGGAAUAUGGCCCAGUAUUACCCCACCAACACAAGUAGUGCAUCUGUCAAUGAUGGCAGUUAUGCAAUUGAUGGGAUCUACAAGUACAGUUGCAACAGUCUUUGCUAUCAGUCAGAGGAGGAGCAGGCGCCUUGGUGGCUGCUGGACCUUGGUAUCCAGAGAGAUAUCAACUUUGUCCAGCCAAGGACGUGUGGUAACAACCAUAUCGUUUACUUAGCGGGAGCCCAAGUCCGAAUUGGAAAUAGCCCCAACUUCCAUGACAACCCCAUCUGCGGUCGCAACAUUACAGUGGAUGACAACUAUCUUGUGCAAAUAUACUGUGGACAAGUCAUGACCGGGCAGUACGUUAGUAUUGAGGUGCCAGACCGCGUCACGAAUCUCAAGCUGUGUGAAGUCAAUAUCAUGUACAUGGAUAGACGGGAGCAGAAAGCUGUGGCCUGCGAUGGACAGAAGCUUCAGCUAUCCUGCCACUUUGUGAGUCCCUACCACUUGCAGAUCAGCGAUGCCUUCUAUGGACGGGCUGUGGAUGGCACAGUGUGCCCACACAGGCUGGCUAAUCACACCUACAGCACCGGCUGCUCAGCUGACCGCACCACCAUCCUUGACAUAGUCAAGAGCAAGUGUAGUGCUGAGAGAUACUGUGUGGUGGAUGUGAAGACAGACAUCUUAGACUCGCUGUCCUCCAGCGCGGCUGGGGAUCCUUGUGCAGGAGAGUUCAAAUAUCUUGAGGUUACCUUCCAAUGUAACCGAUACGUGGCUGGUGAACCAGGUCAGCAGGUCACAGCUGUAACAGGUCAGGACUCUUCCAUUGAAAUUGGCUGCAUUGGCUUCAAAGGCGUCAUCGAUGUCAACAGUGCCUACAUCAAAGCAUCAACAACCUCUGUCCCACCAUAUGAACCUCAAGACCCAAGCAUUGACACGAGUUCUUGCAGCGACCAGGAUGUCUCCCCACAGAUCCAAACACACUGUAAUAACAAGAAGACUUGCUACAUCCGAAACAGAAGCUUUUGGCUCGGCAACACCUUUUGCCAAGCUAUGCGCAUGCACCUGGAAGUGACCUUCACGUGUAAAGAGGAUGUCCCUUCAGGAGAUAUUACUCUCUUUGCCUGUGAAAGCCUGGAGUCUGAAUUGAGUCCGACGUGUCCAGAUGGAAAAUAUAUCAAGAUCAAGGAUGCCUUCUACGGUCGCACUCAGGUUGGCAGUUCAUCUCUAGUUUGUCCACAUACUACUGGGCAGGAUGAUACUACAUCAUGUCGCUCCACUGAUACCUUGGACAUUGUCAAUGCGUAUUGUCAAGACCAGCGUUCUUGCAGUCUACCGACUGAUCAAGAGGACUUGACAUCCAGCGAUCCCUGCAGCAGUAUCAAAUCCAAGUAUCUGGAAGUCACAUACAGCUGUGAAGAGGGACGUCCUCUGAAUGAUUUGACGUUGUACUCUUGUGAGGACCAUGCGGAUUUAUUUCUAGAGUGUCCAGAAGAAGCAAGUCACAUUAGAAUCAUAGCAGCUGACCUUGGACGAUCAGAAGGACAGCUUCGCUGUAGCUUCCGAGAUACCUUACAAGGACCCACAGAUUACACUGAUUGCCACACCAGUGAGGUGCUGGAUGCUGUCCGCAGUGUCUGCACCAACAAGAGGAACUGUACUGUAUCCAACUAUUGGGCCAACUACACUACCACAGAGCCCUGCUUUGGAAUCUACAAGUACUUACAGGUUACCUACAGAUGCCUGUUGGACCCAGCAGACAACAAGCCCUCUGAGGCCUCUAUGUUCUUCAUGAACCCCCAGCCUUCCCUCAAGUCUUACCGGCUAGAAGGUCAUGUACUGGCCUCUAGCCAACAGCGCAACAUCCUGACCUGUAUGCAGCAGUGCUUGGCCAACCCUGACUGUGCCUCCUUUAACUUCCGCACCAAGCGAGGAAAUAAUGGCCAUGUGUGCCAGCUGAACGACGCCAUCUACGAAGAGGUCCAGUCUGAUUUCAAAUACAAGGUUGACUACUUGUAUUUCCAGAGGGAUUCUUACAGAGAGCAUUAGCAACUCUAGCAGAGUUGUCUGAACUCUCUUUCCCUCAAGAUUCAGCAGCACAACUGGGUCCAAUUUUGAAGGAGACACGUGGGGAGACGCUCAAUUUCUGAAGGAGGCCAUCAACAGUGUUGUAUUCAAGUCCAUCACAAGUCCCUGCAAGUCCAUCACGUCAUUCCAUUUCAAGCCAAUUCAUGAGCUAUUCAAAUGAACUGUGACAAAAGCAUUCCUUUGUCAUUGUUCACCCUGGUACUUAUGGGACUUGUGACUGGACUUGUGAAGGGACUAGUGAAGGACUUGUGAUGGACUCGAAUGCAACACUGGUCAUCGAAGCAUUCUUUCAUGGUAUUCCUGAAAGUUUUUUUCUCCAAAUUAUGUAAAUGCUGAUCAUGGGGUGCAAGGGGCCACAAAUCUUAAGCCUUAAGGUGUGAUUUUUCAGUUUCAAAAAAUAUUGGCACUACAUUUUUUUUCAAAGAGCUUUACGAAUCGCAGCCUCUGUGUACAGAAUAAUCAUCUGCUUCAAUCCCAGUCAUCCAUUUUUUUUUCCUUCUAAUUCUUGAACACGGAGCCCUUUCACUAUUAAGAUUACUCCCUUCUUAUGCGUCACAGCUGCCUGUGAAAAAAGUGCAUUUGGCACAAUGUCAACAACUUCUUUAAUAUUUCUGUGAUUCACUUUGAUGCAGUUUUUUCAGGGAUUUUCUGUCACUACAGGAAUUUAGGGGAAAAACUAGUCAUUGUAGUUUGGAAUCCUCAGAAAGUGUCCUUUCUUUGACCGUGCUUUGUAAAGCUUGAUGACUUUCUUUACAACAAAUGGUCACCUUCCCUAGUAGUUUUUCUGAUGUCGUUACAGAAUGAUAGUAACUGUUUAGCAUCUCACAGUGUAAUUGAUAUUCAGGGGGUGUUGCUGUUGAAGACAUACUUGUGAUAAUUUGCAGUGUUUUAUAACUUAAAUAAACAGCAUGUAGAGGGAUUUGUGACAUGUACCUUGAGUACACAGCAUGUUGUUAGCCAGUUUGAUGAUUAAAUACUGAAGAAUCAUGGAGAAAAUCAA